UGCAUCAUUCUGGCAUUAAAGAUGAAUCUCAACAAAUCUUGGAGCAGAGAAAGAUUGCGGAGGAUUUAUAUUUAUCCAGAUCAUAAUCAUCAUCGCCGUCUGUGACCUCUGCCUAGAUCUGUUAUUGGGCAAUCCGAAUCAAUGGGGUUGCAGCGCUGAUUGCUGGAUGGUAUCAACAACUUGGACAGUGGACAUAAUGCUCUGCUAUCCUCUUGCUGACAAUUACAGGCAGUUAAUUGGUUUUUAAUGACUCUUAAUGAUACACAUCUGUCAUAAUUUUGAGAUACUUGUACUCACAAUUAAUCUCAAAAGUAAAGGAAAAAUUGUUCGUUUCUGCAAUUAAUAUGCAAGAACCUGAUGGAAGACAUUAUCUUUUUGUUGUCUAAUUCGCCACAUGGGAUUUUAGACAAGUAUUUCAUAUGCACAGACUUGGAAUGCAUAAUGAUUUCGAAUUACGAUAAUUUUCUGAAAAAACGUUUCUAAAUUCAGAUGACAGAAACAAAACAUUAUUCACGCAUCCGCUAAAUACGCCAUCAUGGUAAUUUUACCGAAGGAUAUAGCACAGCUAUUCUUAAAAUUCAUCAUUUGUUUUAUUCUGAGCGCGGCUGUUAACUCUCUGCCAGAGAUUAUCAAAGUGGGUGGCCUGUUCGAAUCUGGAGAUGAGAUGCUGGAGACAGCUUUCAAGUACGCGGUGGAACGUGUCAACACCGAUCCUAGACUCCUACCCAAUUCAAGACUCACUCCACAGUUAGAACGAGUGGAACGCCACGACAGCUUUCAAGCAGCUAGAAAAGUAUGUGAUUUGCUGAGCGAAGGAAUGGCGGCCAUGUUUGGACCUCAAUCGAGCGAGGGUAGCGCUGCUGUACAAUCAACGUGCGACGUCCUGGAAGUUCCUCAUAUCGAAUCAAGAUGGGAUUACAGGACAAAGAGAGACAACCACUCCAUCAACCUUUUCCCACAUCCUACUGCUCUCGGAAAAGCAUACUUAGACUUCGUGAAAGCAAAAGAAUGGAAGAAAUUCGCCAUUGUGUACGAAGAAAGUGAUGCUCUGAUACGUCUUCAAGAACUUUUAAAAGAUCCUUUUAUCAGACAAAGGCAAGUCGUUGUCAGACAGUUCUUACCACAUCAAGAAUACAGGAAAUUAUUAAAAGAGCUAGGAAGGGCUGGGAUUAAGAAUAUCGUCAUUGAUGUACCUACCAAGAAUGUACAAACUGUGCUGAAGCAUGCUCAGCAAGUGGAUAUGAUGUCUGAAUAUCACAAUUACUUCAUCACUUCUUUGGAUCUCCAUACUGUGGAUUUAGAGGAUUUUCAGUACGGUGGCACCAAUAUCACGGGGUUUAAGCUUGUGGACGAGGACAAUCCGGGAUACACUGAAGUGGUGGAGACUUGGAGGAAUCCCGUCUUAAGAGCCACAGGAAAAGAACCCACUCUCACGACAGAAGCAGCUCUCUUAUAUGACGCUACACGACUCUUCUCGAGGGCUCUAACGGAUCUGGACAGGGGCCAAAAAAUCCACAUCAAGUCUUUGUCGUGUGACACUGAAGAGCCUUGGCCUCAUGGAAUAUCUCUAAUUAACUAUAUGAGAAUGAUCAACGUGAAAGGACUGACAGGUGACAUCAAAUUCGACCACCAUGGAUUUCGUUCCGACUUCAAGCUAAAAGUGUUAGAACUCACGAAUGAUGGUCUACGGGAAUCUGGAGAAUGGAAUAUCCACACUGGGCUCAAUAUGACCACCAACUAUUCGAGGGCUACUGAAGAAAUAAUUCAGUCUCUGAAGAACAAGACUUUGCUAGCUACCACACUAAUUAAUGCUCCGUAUACGAUGCUGAAAGAAAAUCACCAAGAGUUAGAAGGCAAUGAAAAAUACGAAGGUUACUGCAUCGACCUCAUAAAAGAAAUUUCCAAAAUCCUGGGCUUUCGAUUUCUCAUUAAGGAAGUAGACGACCACAAAUAUGGGGAAAAAAACGAUCAAGGCGAGUGGAAUGGAAUGAUCAAGGAGCUCAUUGACGGGCGGGCUGAUAUUGCUAUUGGCGAUCUUACCAUCACCUUCGAUCGCGAGCAAGCGGUCGAUUUCACGAUGCCCUUCAUGAACCUUGGCAUCAGUAUCCUCUUCCGAAAACCUACCAAGAAGGUACCGAAGCUUUUCUCAUUUCUUUCGCCUCUCUCGCUGGAGGUCUGGGUAUACAUGGCGACGGCGUUCCUGGGAGUCAGCCUCUUUCUCUUCAUCGUCGCCCGAUUUAGCCCUUAUGAGUGGACCAAUCCUCACCCUUGCAACCCUAAUCCAGAUGUGCUCGAGAACCAAUUCACGUUGCUCAACACCCUCUGGUUUACAGUUGGGUGCUUAAUGCAACAAGGCUGCGAACUCACUCCUAGGGCUCUCUCCACGCGUGUCGUGGCUUGCAUCUGGUGGUUCUUCACUCUGAUCAUGGUAUCUUCUUACACUGCCAAUUUGGCAGCAUUCCUCACAGUUGAAAGACUUGUUUCCCCUAUCGAAGGAGCUGAAGAUCUUGCCAAGCAAUCUCACAUUCAAUACGGUUGCGUAGACUCCGGAUCCACUCAAGCCUUUUUCAAGGAGUCGACGAUUCCUACUUUCAAACGGAUGUGGGCUUUCAUGCAGAGUGCUCGCCCGAGCGUCUUCACCGAGUCCAACAGCAAAGGCGUGGAGCGAGUCAAGAAGGAAAACUAUGCCUUCCUCAUGGAGUCCACCUCUAUUGAGUAUAUCGUCGAAAGAGAAUGUGAGCUCACCCAGAUAGGGGGCUUGCUCGACAACAAAGGCUACGGUGUGGCUACGCCUUCAGGUUCGCCAUACCGGACUCCGCUGUCGAGCGCCAUCUUGAAGUUACAAGAGAGUGGCACAUUACAUGUGCUAAAGGAGAGAUGGUGGAAGCAGAAACUUGGUGGUGGAAAAUGCAGUAAGGAUGAGACAAAUACAGCAGGCUCAGCCAGCGCCUUAAGCCUCGCUAAUGUAGGCGGAGUGUUCGUGGUGCUGGGGGCUGGACUCAUCACAGCGUGCUUUGUAGCCGUAAUCGAGUUUAUUUGGAAAUCACGCAAGGUGGACAGCGAAGAAAGGGAGCCGCUCUGUGUGCUUUUCUGCAGAGAGCUUCGAUUUGCCAUCAUGUGUGGCGGUUCAACAAAACCCAUCGUUCCAAAAAGAAACCCCGAUGACAGGCAACCACCCGAAAAUGGUCUCCCAUUCAUGCCUCUCACGGGCUUCAGCAGCGUCACCACUAAAGAGACAUUCUCUUGACAGGAAGAAACUGGGGGUGGAAUACCCCUAGAGCCUACCACUGACGAACAGGUUAGUUACUAUCGCUACGCCCAGUAUGACGUCUCGGAUAUUUAAUAGGUCGGCAAAAAGCAGCACAGUUUGCCCACUUUGCACAGAGCACCACAGCCAGUGUUGGGACAGUUAUGUAAAGCAUUCUUCCAUUAUUGAAGCAUUCUAAGUUAUUUUACUUUGAAUCAAACUGAAUUUUUAACCUUCUUGUGAAGUUCUUACGAACCAAAGAGAAGUUGGUCUCAAAUUAUGUUCUUGAUGAGGUACCUAUUCCACAUUUGCAGGCUUGUGGUUAAAGUGAAAGUAUUAGAAAUACUUAAAAACAUUAUUGCGUCCGAAAAUUUUACUCUGUUUCAUCCCGAACACCCUCUUGGGAUUUCACAGAAUAUUGUCAGAUAAAAGUAAUCGUUGUUACGAAGUUGUUUCCUAAUGUUCCAUCCAGAAGUUUGAUAAAGAAUGGUUAAAAUCAUAAAACGUGGGAUAGCAACAUAGAAAUUAAUCAUAUUGUUAAAUAAUGCUCAUACCUUAAUAAAGAAAACCGUUUCAAUUUUCUAUUUCGAUUUUUAUCUAUUAUUAUUUGAAAGAUUUAUGAUGGCUUUUGGUAAAGCAGAUCUCGUGGUUGAAAAUUAGAUGGUACAUUAAAAAUUAAAUGAAAGAAAUAUAUUUAUUAAGAAAUUUUUUCACGACCUGUUCUUUAUAGAUAAUUAUUGAUAAUAUAUAAAUUUGUAUAAAUUGUGCAUUCAUCAGUUUAGAUGGCCUCUUCAGAAUAAGACGAUUAAAGAUUAAAACGUCGAAAACAGCUUAAAUAAUUAAUUCUUCCUCAAAAGUAAGCAUUAAUUCUAAUUUAAUUAAAUUGCAUAUUAAAUUUCAAGAACUUUUAACCACAGGCCUUUCUUCAUGUUAGACAUAUACUAAAUGUCAUCGCAUGGACUCUAACAUCCCCAAAUAAUACCCAAUGUCUGAUAAACAGAAAUAUUUCUAUGAAGACUUCAUUGAAAUAUAUAUUUACCAUGCAGAAUGUAAAAGAUAUUUCUGUUCCGGUUAAUACAUUUACCCAUUUACUGAUUCCAAGUUGAAGGGUACAAUCAUAAAUUUACUUUCGGGAACAACUUGUAUCUCAUUCAAAAUAAUAUUUUAGUGGCUUACUGCCUAAAUACUCUAAAAGAAAUAUGAUCGGCAUUUUCCUUUGAGCCCUUCAACACAGAAUACGGUAAAUGUAAUACUAUUUUUGAAAUAGACUAUUGCAUCACGAAACAUUCUUGAUGUAUUCAUGGUUGUUGUUUAAGAUUUGUUUCAUAGAAAGUUGCGUUUGAGAUUUUUGUAGCAUUAAUAUUCGCUCAUAAAUAUCUAAGUCUGAAUUUGAAUUUGUGUUUCCUUUUCGGUUAAAAUUAGCUGUUAUUGUUGCUCGCUUGAUGUACGCUUUUUUGACUUCAUGUUGUUUGCUCUGAGAUUCAGUGUACAAAAAGAUCAAAUUCAGAUGAUAAAUGCAUGUCAAGAAUGAUAGUACAAACUUUGCUAAAAUUUAUUCUUCAGUGUUUUCAAGAUAUUACGAUUUGUUUUGAAUAUUAUUUUUGUAAAAUCUUCUGCCAUUUUAAACAAUCUUGUAGCCUUUUCCUGUAUAUUCCACGCAGAAACACUAUUUAUAUUUGCUGAUUUCUUUUUUUCUUUCUUUCCUUAUCUUUCUUUUUUUUUUAAAUAUUUUUAUACGAGGAAAUAUUUUUCUCCUCGUUAUUUUCUUUAAUGCAUUAAGAAAUCAUAGGGGUAAUCAAAAUAAAAUUAAAAUAACAACCAAAAAAUAAAAAGCAGGCAGCUAUUUACAGAAUUUUGAUAAACUUUUAGUCUUUUUCGCAUUGAAGAAUUCCUUUACGUUUCUCUUCUAAAUACCUUUUAUUAAAAUGUUAUUAAUAUAAAGCUCAAAAGACUAAAAUUGCUCAUUUUUAUCAAUACAAACUGCUCAACAAAUACCAGAUGUAAAAUAUUAAAAUGAUUUAAAAAUACUACUAUGCAAACAAUAAUAUAUCAAGUUGAGGAUCCGUGUUUUGACUAUUCGUUAAUGAAUAAAAAAUAUUAAUAAAUAAAUGACUAUUUCAUUCAUAUAUUCAUAAAAUGAAAUCAGAAAGCGAGUAAAAUAAAACUAAAAAACUUCUUUUCGUUUGACUUGUGCGAUGGAAACAGAACUUAAUAAAUAAUUAAGUUUUUUUUUUUUUUUUUUUUUUUUUUUACAUAUUCAGUAGUAAAUUUAUACUGUUAAGCUGUUUUUUUAACAAGAAAUGAAAUAUGAGUUAAUGCAGAGAAACACGCUAGUUUCUAGUGAAAUUUUCAGAUUUUAGAAUUUGUUUGGAAUUUAUUUACUACUUUUUUUUACUUUAAAAAACCCAUCUCUCAUUCCGUAAAUCAUGAAACUGUCUUUUUAUAACUGGAUGUCUUUUAUGAUAAAAAAAGUGCCAUGAUUUGAAAACUACUUUUAGUUUUAUUUCGUCUUCAGAAAUGAUUAAAAUCAAGCACAAGCAUAAUUUCUGAGCACAUGAGACAAUAAUGUAAAAAUAAGAAUAAAUGUAAUAUUGCACAUGUCUUCAACUGCACAGUUGAAAUAUGUUCUCAGGGAAUCAUUAUGGUUAGGUCCGAAUUUAUUUGCAAGUAAUUUUUUUUUCUGCUACUUAACACUAUUCCCCCCUUUUAAUUAAUUACACAUUUUAAUCUUAUCUUUAAAUCUCGUUUAAAGUAGACCAUAGUGUCAGCAAAACUGUCCUUGGUUUAGCCGUUGUUUUCUUUUGUAUCCAAACUGGAUUCUUUGCCCUCCGGGCAGAAAGAGUUAGCUAGUGCCACAAAAGAUGUGUAUUUUAUCUGUCUCUCGACACUGGAAACCGCUGGUGCGCAUCACAGUCUCUCACUGUUAGAGCACAAAUGAAGAGACAUAAUAAUAUCACUUUCAUGUAUAUCACUAGUCCUCUGAAUGUUCCGAUCCUAAACACAGUUUAGAGGUGUCAGCAAUGCGUCGGUAGUAGUAACCUAAGCGGACCGCGUUAGAAAUACGCGUGGGCGUUAACAGCACCGUUGCUUAUUAAAGAAAUGCCCUGCCUUGUACGUAGUCGUCACGUUAUAUGCCCAUAUUUACCUUUUUUACCCUUCCUGAAUUUAUAUGAUGUGAAUGCUGAGAAUUUGGUCGUUAUGUUGAUCCUGCUUUGAACUUGGUUACGCGUUUUUCUGAGGAUGUCAGUCUUCUGAUAAUUUUGCUACUCUAUUUUGCUUUAACCAAAUUUUGAAAUGGUGUCCAAAAGGAAUAUGCGAAAUGUUAAAUAAUUUAAUAUUUGUCUGAUAUUUUGGGGCUAUGCAAUUUAUGCUUACGAUUUGUUUUUUAAAGAGCGAUGUCGGUGUGAAUUUGUUUCAAAUUUUGGAUACUACUACUGAAAUUGUCUUAAUAUCGGGUUUUUUUUUCCCUUUUCGAUAAGAUGUUAGAAAUCAUAUUUGAUAUUAAAGUAGUAUUUUAAGUGAUUAAUAGUUAAUAAACUUCAACAUAGGAUAUUUUUCUGCAUUUAAAAUAAUAAUUUAUGGUUAGGUAAUAAAUCAAUGAACAGAAAUUUAGACUUCGAGAUGAAUUUUUUUCAAAAUUAGGACUUCGCAAAAAUUUCGAAACAGGGAAGGUUUGAGAUACCGUAUUUUACUGAGUUCGAGAACAUAAGAAAGAUUUAUAUAGAGAGGCAAAUUUUAUGAAAUUAAAUGAAAGAGAUAUUUUUCCCGUCAUCAUCGAACAGCUGAAAACAUAUUUAUUAAUUAUAGAAUAACUAGCACUUUUCCGUCACGUACCUACCACGCCUUUUCAAGAAACCACACGCGAAGAUCCGAUGGGGUAGUGCCAUCUUGGCUUAUCUUUGUGUGUGUGUAUAUCUGUAUGUGUGUGUGUAUCUAUAAACUAUUCUUUGUACUUUUCUGUUAUACGGGCUCCACGAAAAAAAGCAUAUGGUAUUUUUUAUUCUAACAGUAUUAAUAAAUUUUAAAUACAUUAUAAAUGACAAAGAAUUUAAUUUUGAACAGAGGCCAUAAAUUUAGAAAUGUUUUGCAACAUUUUGGGAAAAAAAAAAUCAUUUUUUUACGCAGUCGUACCCAUAUAAACUCUAAUGUGUAUGAUUCAAGAUGGUGGCGUGAGGUGCCAUGUUCACGUUUAAUAAGCCAUUUUGCACUGCCACACAUUCUUUCAACUGCUUGCGUAUGACAGCCAGUGUUUGGGUCUACGAAAUCGUAUCUAUGGUUAACUCUGAUAUUAUCAUAUUUUGCUUCUUUCAAAUCCUCUGUAUGCUUUCUAGCAAUCAGAAAAAAAAAAUUGUACUACCGUCUAAAUGUCGCAGACAUUUUUAGCUGAGCGAUCCGAAGCUACAAGAUAACUUCUUUCGGUUACAAAGCUACAAGAUAACAUUCUUUUGUUUCCCUACAUGGGCCUCCAAAAACCCACUGUAGAGGAAGCACACGUCCAACGUUACUUUUUCUUCUCGUAAAAAAGACUUUCGCCAGCUUCAACUAUUAUGUUAUUUCCACCAAUUUUAACUUCAGGUCUACAUACCAAGGCGUGAGCGCAAACCUCCAGAAUAUAACCGUUCCAGUCCACGACUGCAUCGUGGUUCAUUUUUAAUUGCAUAUUACAAAACUCAACUGAGGUCAGGUCAUAGCACUGUGAUGCUUCUUUGGCGAGAGCAACUCCAAUGAUGGAACACAGCAAUAACUUUUAUUUAACACUCAAAAAAAUGGCGACAUACAAACAAGAAGAGAAAACAUAUUCUAACAUUUAAAAAUAAAU